AUGGAGAUCAAUACUGGCAGGAAAGAGUGUGGCAAGGAGAAUUGGCACAUCAAUAAGGGGUACCGUACCGUACCCCUGGCUGCGCUGGUGGAUAGAACAAAUCCAGCGCUUAGUACGCCCAUGGUGGAGGAGUUGAGGAAUGAAAGGGAUGACAUUAAUGGAAGCUAUACAGUCAGCCAUGGGUAUCGAUCCUUGAUGGUGAACAGAAGCAACACGGGUUCUCAGCAUGAAUUUAUGGAGUGGAAGAAAUUAUGGAAAAUGCCCAUACCGCCAAAAGUGGUGGUUGUCCAUUCUGUGAUUAUGAUUAUGAAACCGUUGAUCACCUAUAUAUUUUGCGAAUGCCAAUGUACCAAGCCGUUAUGGGGUGUUAAUGGGUUAAAUGGAGCUGUGAACUUAUACCAAUUUAUGAAUGUUGUUGUGGCUUCAUUCACUUCAAUUCUGCAGAAAUAUAAUGAUGAAGGUGGCGACGAUUCUCUGAUCUGGGUUAUUUGGUUUUCACGGAAUGAGGCAGUAUGGGGAACAACAUUCCAUCGUUGUCUUCCAGGCAAAGCCAUGUGGAUGCAUGCUACUUGUUUGUUGUGGAUGCAGGCGUACGGUCAGGCUGGAGGUAGCAGAACUGGGUCUAAUCCACCGGUCUGGAGUCCUCCCCCGGCGGGCUACCUAAAAUGCAAUGUUGAUGCAGCUGUCUUCACUAAUGGUGUAGGAGUUGGUGUGGUUGUACGAAAUGAGGAGGGUAAGUUCGUAGCUGCUCAUGGUGCAAAGUUAAACUGUUUUAAUGAUCCUUUCAUGGCGGUCAAGGAAGCUCUCAAAUGCUUGAAGAUCAAUCACUUUAAUAAUGUUAUUCUAGAAACUGAUUGUUUAAAUUUCUGCUCAGCUUUUAAUUCUGUUGCUUUGAACCUUUCCUAUGUUGGUUUGAUUGUAAGGCAAUGUCGAGUGCUUGCCUCAGACAUUGGGAACUUUUGUGUUCGCCAUGUCAACAUGUCAACGAAUCAUUUAGCUCAUGUCUUAGCACGGGCUAUGGAUUCUGUGUCUGGCUUAGGUUCGUGGUUCUCUGUGUCACCAACAUGUAUCUCAUCUCUUAUUGAUGCUUAA